UCGGGAUCCUAGACCGCGGGCAACGAGGCUCGGGGCCCCAGACCUCAGGCUCCGGGACUCGGGACCCUGAGACCGCAGGCUCCGAGGCUGGGGACCCCAGGCCGCGGGCUCCGGUGCUCCGGAUCCGAGACGGCGGGCUCCGAGAUUAGGGCUCCCAGACCUCAGGCCCCGAGAUCCGGGACCCUAAGACCGCAGGCUCCGAGGCUCAGACCCCCGGACCUCAGGCUCCGAGAUUCGGGACCCUUAGACCGCAGGCUUCGAGCUUCGGGACCCUUAGACCGCAGGCUCCGAGACUCGGGAUCCCAGGCUGUGGGCUCCGAGAUUUAGGCCUCCAGACCUCAGGCUCCGAGAUUCGGGCCCCCAGACCGCAGGCUCUGAGACUCGGGACCCCAGACCGCAGGCUCCGGUGCUCGCAAUCCUAGACCGCGGGCUCCGAGAUUGGGAAUCCCAGACCUCAGGCCCCGAGAUUCAGGACCCCUAGACCUCAGGCCCUGAUUUUCAGGACCUCUAAAUCGCAAGCUCCGAGAUUCAGGACCCCUAGACCUCAGGCCCCGAGAACCAGGACCCCUAGACCUCAGGCCCCGAGAUCCAGGCCCCCUAGACCUCAGGCCCCGAGAUUCAGGACACCUAGACCUCAGGCCCCGAGAUCCAGGCCCCCUAGACCUCAGGCAGGCUCCGAGAUUCAGGACCCCUAGACCUCAGGCUCCGAGAUUCAGAAUCCCCAGACCUCAGGCUCCGAGAUUCAAGACCCCAGACCUCAGGCUCCGAGACUCAGGUUCCUUCGACCGCAGGCUCCGGCUGUCGGAAAUCCGCCGCUGGUUGGCCCAGAAGCCUCCUCAGCGCCCCAGUCAUGGCAGCCCUGAUUGUGGAGAACUUCCGCUUCCUCUCACUCUUCUUCAAGAGCAAGGAUGUGAUGAUUUUUAAUGGGCUGGUGGCCCUGGGCACAGUGGGCAGCCAGGAGCUGUUCUCUGUGGUGGCUUUCCACUGCCCCUGUUCCCCAGCCCGCAACUACCUCUAUGGGCUGACGGCCAUCGGGGUGCCCGCCCUGGCCCUUUUCAUAAUCGGUAUCAUCCUCAGCAACCACACGUGGAACCUGGUGGCUGAGUGCCAGCUCCGCCAAGCCAAGAACUGCUCCGCCGCCCCCAACUUUCUCCUCUUCAGCUCCAUUCUGGGCCGGGCCGCUGUGGCUCCCAUCACCUGGUCGGUCAUCUCGCUGCUGCGGGGGGAGGCGUACGUCUGUGCCCUGAGCGAGUUCGUGGACCCCUCCUCCCUGAGCGUGGGGGCUCAGGGCUUCCCACCCGGCCACGCACCGGAGAUCCUGGCACGUUUCCCAUGUGGGGAGGCCCCCGCCAACCUGUCAGGCUCGCAGGCGGAGGUGGUCCGAGGGCUCAAGUACGAGUCCCAGCUAUUUGGCUGGUUGCUCAUCGGAGUGGUGGCCAUCCUGGUCUUCCUCACCAAGUGCCUGAAGCACUGCUGUUCGCCACUCAGCUACCGCCAGGAAGCCUACUGGACCCAGUACCGCAACAACGAGGCCCAGCUCUUCCAGCGCACGGCCGAGGUGCACUCCCGGGUCCUGGCCGCCAACAACGUCCGCCGCUUCUUUGGCUUUGUGGCCCUUGACAAGGAAGACAAGGAGCUGGUGCAGGAGUUCCCGGUGGAGGGGGUCCAGCCGCGCCCCCAGUGGAACGCCAUCACCGGAGUCUACCUGUACCGCGAGAACCAGGGCUCGCCGCUCUACAGCCGCCUGCACAAGUGGGCGCAGGGCAUGGUGGGCAAUGGGACGGCACCUGACAACCUGGAGAUGGCUUUCCUCACCAUCUAGGAGCCGCCAGGGCUCGGGACUCAACACACCAUCGGCCCCUCUAUCAAUCAAUUGUAUUUAUUGAGCACUUGCUAUGUUCAAAGCACUAGGCCCUGAUCCUCCCCGGACUUGAAUUUCCCCUUUUUAGAGUAUGGGUGGCCACUUCCAUGGCAGACUAUCUUCCUGGCUGCCUGCAGGGCACGAGACACCUCUGACCCAACUCCUCUAAGACACCAGGCUCAGGGAUGGCUACAGCCACCGGCAGAUGGUAGCUGGCACAGAGCAUGGGCCCAUGACCCACCGUUAGUCAAAAGGCCAAGGAGGAAACUCUCGGGUGAAAUGGAUUAUGAGCUGAACAUCCCGGUUUGCAAUGCAGCCAGUCACGAGGAAGUUGGUGGAGAGAAGUUCCACCAGAUUGCCCAAUGUUCCUGUCAUGCUCCAAACCGGGAAUGUUUUGACUCUUCUUUUACCUGGUAUUUAAGUGCUUACUAUGGGCCAGGCACUAUUCUAAGGGCUGCGGUAGAUAUAAG